ACACUGUCCCAUCUGUUUUUUUCUCUCUCUCUCUCUCUCGUGAUCACAGUAAUUUGAAAUUUCUCAUUUUGGUACACAGAGUGCAACAUCUCAGGGACACUCACAACUAAAUUUCUUGACUAUAGUACCUAAUAGCCAUCUUUUUCUGCUUCUGUCAUGGCUAACUAACUCAGAAAGUGAGAGAUAAGGUAAUGACGAGGAUGGGUUUUCUCCAUUUGCUGUUCUUUUCAUGGAUUUCAGUGGUUUCACUGAGUGGUUGCAUUGGCAGUGACCAAAUUGUCCAGCUCAACGACGAUGUGUUAGGCCUGAUUGUCUUCAAAUCAGGCCUUCAUGACCCUUCCUCACACUUGCACUCAUGGAGUGAGGAUGAUGACUCCCCAUGUUCUUGGGAUUUCAUAGACUGCAAUCCUAGGACCGGCCGGGUCACGGCAGUGUCACUCAACGGCUUAGGCUUGUCAGGGAAGAUCGGGAGAGGCCUCGAAAAGUUGCAGUAUCUCAAGGUACUAUCUUUGUCUCAUAACAAUUUUAGUGGUACUAUCAGUCCAGAGUUAACUCUCAGCAGUAGUCUUGAAAGGCUCAACUUUAGUCACAAUAGCUUUUCGGGCCUCAUUCCAACAUUUCUCACUAACAUGAGUUCAAUCAAAUUCCUAGACCUUUCAGAGAAUUCACUCUCUGGACCUGUCCCUGAUAACAUGUUUGGAAACUGUUUUUCUCUUCGAUUCCUUUCUUUAUCUGGAAAUCUUCUUGAAGGUCCAAUUCCAAGUACACUUCUUAAAUGCACCACUUUGAAUAGUCUCAAUCUCUCCAACAAUCAUUUCUCUGGUGACCCUUUUUUCAACAAGGGUCUUUGGUCAUUGAUGAGGAUUAGGACAUUAGAUCUUUCACACAAUGCCUUGUCUGGGAAUGCACCACUAGGCAUUUCAGCCAUACACAACCUGAAAAAUCUCCAGUUACAAGGAAAUCAUUUCUCUGGUUCACUUCCUGCUGAUAUUGGGCUAUGUCCACACUUGAGUAGGUUGGAUUUCAGUGAUAAUGGCUUCACCGGAUCGCUUCCUGAGUCACUUCAUAGGCUAAAUUCACUCACUUUCUUCAGUGUGUCAAAGAACAAGUUAAGUGGUGAUUUGCCUCAGUGGAUUGGUAACAUGAGCAGCAGCUUGGAAUUCCUAGACCUCUCGAGCAACGGUCUCACAGGAGCCCUUCCAUCCUCGUUGGGUGACCUUAAAUCAUUGAAUUAUUUAAGUUUGUCCAAGAACAGAUUAGGUGGAAGCAUUCCAAUGUCACUGGUGUACUCUACCAAGCUAUCCGUGAUUCGGUUAGGAGGUAAUGCUUUCAAUGGUAGCAUUCCUGAGGGUUUGUUUGAUAUGGGAUUGGAGGAAUUAGAUUUUUCAGGGAAUGAACUGAGUGGUUCAAUCCCUCCUGGCUCGAGCAAGCUCUUUGAAUCACUUCAAAAGUUGGAUCUGUCGAGAAACAAUCUCAGAGGAGAUAUUCCUGCAGAGAUGGGCCUUUUCUCCAAGUUGACAUACUUGAACUUGUCAUGGAACAAUCUGCAAUCGAGAAUGCCCCCGGAGCUCGGAUACUUUCAGACUCUAAAGGUGUUAGAUCUCCGAAACUGUGCUUUAUAUGGAUCGAUCCCGGGUGAUAUAUGUGAAUCAAGCAGCUUGGAGAUUCUUCAGUUGGAUGGAAAUUCCUUGACAGGGCCAAUUCCUGAAGAUAUUGGGAACUGUUCAUCUCUCAAUUUGCUGAGCUUGUCCUACAAUAACUUGACUGGUUCGAUUCCGGAAUCCAUUUCAAAGUUGAGCAAGCUCAAGAUUAUGAAUUUAGAGUUCAACCAGCUGAGUGGAGAGAUACCACUAGUGCUUGGCAAGUUGGAAAACCUACUUGCUGUGAAUAUAUCCUAUAACAGGCUCAUAGGGAGGCUUCCUGUUGAAGGUAUAUUUCCAAACUUAGAUCAAAGUGCUUUACAGGGAAAUUUGGGUAUUUGCUCACCCUUGUUGAAGGGACCAUGUAAGAUGAAUGUCCCAAAGCCAUUAGUUCUUAACCCCUAUGUCUAUGGCAAUCAAAAUGGUGAUCAUAACCCGGGGAACGAUACUUCAAUAAACUCCCCAAAUUUCAGGCACCACAGGUUCCUCAGUGUGUCAGCUGUUGUUGCCAUUUCAGCAGCUGCUGUGAUUGCAGUUGGAGUGAUGGUAGUAAGCCUGUUGAAUGUUUCUGCUAGGAGAAGACUAGCAUUCAUCGACAACGCCUUGGAGAGCAUGUGCUCAAGCUCCUCGAGAUCAGGACUUCUCCCCACAGGGAAGCUUGUGUUGUUCGAUUCCCAGACAUCUCCGGAUUGGGUUACUAGUCCUGAAUCCCUACUUAACAAGGCAGGUGAAAUCGGUGAAGGAGUGUUUGGGACCGUUUAUAAGGCGUCCUUGGGAGGAGAAGGGAGAAUGGUUGCAGUAAAGAAGCUAGUUAGAUCAAACAUCAUCCAAUACCCUGAAGAUUUCGAUAGAGAAGUUCGAAUUUUGGGGAAAGCAAGGCACCCAAAUUUGAUAGCAUUAAAAGGGUAUUACUGGACUCAUCAACUGCAGCUUCUGGUUUCGGAUUAUGCACCAAAUGGGAGUUUACAAACCAAACUCCAUGAAAGGCCUCCUGGUACUCCACCUCUGUCAUGGUCCAACCGGUUCAAAAUCAUACUCGGGACAGCCAAGGGACUUGCUCAUUUGCACCACACCUUCCAUCCACCAAUCAUACACUACGACAUAAAACCGAGCAACAUACUACUUGACGAGCAUUUGAACCCGAAGAUAUCAGAUUUUGGACUGACAAGGCUGCUGAUAAAGCACGACAAGCACAUAAUGAGUAGCCGAUUUCAGAGUGCAUUGGGUUAUGUUGCCCCAGAGUUGGCAUGCCAGAGCUUGAGGGUCAAUGAGAAGUGUGACAUCUAUGGUUUUGGAGUACUGAUUCUUGAGCUCGUGACCGGUAGAAGGCCGAUUGAAUACGGAGAAGACAAUGUUGUAAUACUCGGCGACCAUGUGAGGAAUUUGCUUGAGCAAGGCAAUGCUUUAGAGUGUGUGGACUCAAGCAUGAACCAGUACCCAGAGGAAGAGGUUUUGCCGGUUCUCAAGUUGGCUAUGGUAUGUACUUCUCAGAUACCUUCAAGCAGGCCUUCAAUGGCAGAGGUGGUGCAAAUAUUGCAAGUCAUCAAGACCCCAAUUCCACAAAGAAUGGAAGCAUUCUGAGAAGAUCAAGACUAGCACUGUGACUUUGUUUGUUUUCUCGUGGUUUUAAAUUUCUUCUCUCUUCCAUUCCUAAUUGUAAUAUUUGUUGGCAUUUUGUUGACAUUUUAGUGUACGCUGUUGUGUUUUUCAAAUGAAUCCUAAUUGCUAUAAUUUCUGAAA